AUGGGAAUCAUUGCCAUUGUGAUCUCUGUGUUUGCCACUUUUUCUGCUAUAAUAACAUUAGCAAUCAACUUCGGAUUACUGUAUCAAAUUUUCAUAUCGAAAAAGUUGAAGAAAUCAAAUAGCUUGACUUUUUUCUAUCUUCGAUUUUUUAUUGAUGGUUUGAUGAGUGCUGAUGGUCUCGUAAUUGUUGUUUUCUUCUCCUUUCGACUUUCCAACAUUGAAACGAUUUUCGAUACCUAUCCUGUGAUUGUAUUCUACAUCAACUGGCCAUCUGCAAUCUUAUUAAGUAUUCGAAGUGUUCUAGUUGUCAUUAUAACAUUAGACAGAACUAUCGCUAUAUUCUUGCCACUACUUUACCAUAAUAAACGUCGCAAUUUUUCUCUGCUAAUUAUAGUUCUCCUUUUGAUGGGAUAUAUUUGUAUGGAAAACUAUAUACUAUGGGUGGUGUGCGAGUUUGUGGUAUAUGUACCACCUGGAUGUAUCAAUAUGUGGUGUUUCAUGAAUCAAUGUUUUAUUGACUUCUUCCUUAAAUCUGAACUUAUCAGUCAUGCAAUAAUUGUUCUUCUAUCAUUGGUUCUAGCCAUAAAGCUGCUGGUUUGGAAUCGAUUACCAGCUAGCUCGAGCGAAUUCUUGACAAGGGCUAACCGUCUGGUUUUGAUUGACGCAUUUAUAAUUAUAGUCUUUGAUGUCUUUCCAGCUGCACUGAUGACUAAAAUCUAUACUGGAAAGUUUGAAGACAUUGGACCAGUUAUAAUGUUGAGUAAGAUGAGUGGAUAUGCUUUGGAAGGCUAUCUGGUGAUUUGUGCAUUGAAACGAAUUGACAAAAAUAAUAAGGCAUCAAAUGUGAAAUCAAUUUCGACAGUCAAAGUUAAGCCGAGUCGUAUUGGUUAA